UUCCGCCUCUCUCGAGCAAAUUGUGUGUGGUUAUCAUUUUCGUGUUUUAGUUGCCUUGAAUGGCAAGUUUUAACUCUCAGAAAGAGAACGAACCCUCUAGAACAUAGUACAGUAAUGUCUAGGUAAGCAAACUAAGUUGUCAUUUCAUGGAUUCUGCGAAUUUAAAGACUGGAUCGCUCAACUCAAGCCUUGCAUCAACAUUGUGGACUUCACCAGUUGAAGACAGUUUUUCGUUUGUAAAUUUCUCUUCGGAGCAUAUUUCUUCUCUACAAGAAAGUGGACCUUUCUUAUCAUUUGUCUUGUCUUACUGGGAUAACAUUCUUGGGCCAAGACUACGACAUGUUUGGCUAGGGACAUGCGAACAAAUAGCACAAGAGAAUUGCGUGAAGUAUAUUGUGUCACGUACUCUUAGUGGUGAACUUUUGCGUGACGCGCCAGAAAAUAUGGUCGAUACAAAACUGUUUAUUCUCAAAGAAAAAGACAUUGUUUGUCACUCGUUUAUCUUCACUGGAAAGGAUAAGUCCGGCAAUAAUAUUUCGACAUUUUCCCUUAUCAUUCCUUAUAUAGAGUUUAAGAAUUAUUUACCAUUUGUUGAACUUGUGGAGGAAAGGUUUAAAAUUCUUAUUGCCAAGCUGCGAGUUCUUCAAACAAAGGAACUUUCUACAGCAUGUUCAAGGUUUUCUGUAUACCUUUCAAGAUUUAUACAGACGAUUAUAUCUCUACAAAAUGCUGCUAUUCCUGAGGAAAUCCAGCUUAGUGAGACAGCAUUGAGACCUGGUCAAGAUAACGAACCUUUUGAUAAAGUCUUCUUGAGAAGAGCCAUAACGUCUCAUCUUCAAACCUUUGGAAGUACAUUGGUCAUUGGACUAUCAGCCGAAAGGGUUAAUUUGAUGGUUAACACUCUUGGCUUGUUCUUAUCACAAGAAGAGAGAAAUAGAUCGCGAUAUGCUGUGGAAAGUAAAGAAAAACUACACGAUGUAUAUGAUCCAGAUUUGUAUGUUCAAGGCCUACUGAAGGAUGAAGACGGUUCCUUUGCUCUACCUGUCAAGGGGAUUAUUACCAGCCAAUUUCCUUCCACUUUGAUUGAUGUUGACAAAAUGGAAGUCAAACAAACCUGUCCAUAUCAUGAGCACUGCGUCAUACGACAAGAAUUUUUGGAUAUUGAACUGGCAUUGCUCUGGGAGAAUCAAGAAGAUGCACCUGUCUACCCAUCCCUGGGACUUUUCCAUCCUAUGGACGACAUUGGUCUCUUCGUUCAAACGCUGAUGAAUGACGCCAGCCUGUUACCCGCAGUAUGUGAUGUUAGACAAGGUUUCAUAUCAAGUUUUUUAAGAGUCCUCGAUCGAAAAGCUCUGGCUCUUAUUAAAUAUGUAGAAGCUAAAUCAUCCAAAGGAAGCGUAUCCCUUGAACAUACAACCAAGCGGCAGUUGAGACACGAUCUACAGUUGACAACAGAAGCAGACUUUUUCAUCGUGCUGGUUCGGGCAGAGAAACACAAACCGGGACUGUACAGCUUUCUUAUGGGAGACCCAACAYAUUCUGUUGCACGAGUACGGGAUAUUUUAGAAUCUUUAUGAAUCUAGUAGAACACUGAUCAAUACUGCUUUUACCAAAAUAUUCUCGUUAUCAAUGAAAAACCAUUGCUAAACAUUUUGGAUGACUGUGACUUUUUUGAUAAAUAGAAAAUUCAAAAAGAGAAGAACCGAAUCGGCAUUAGUCAUUAUGUGGUCAUGAUUCUCCAUAAAUAGAUAUAGUCAUACUUUUUUCUGCCGAGUUUAGAGAAAUUCUAUCGAUUACAUAAUUUUUAUACUUAGUUUUUCGACCUAUUUUGUCACGCAACUACUUUAAUUCGUUAAAGUGCACCUACACCCUAUUGUUUUACAUUCUUAACUGUUUGUACUGAACAUUUUAAAAUGUUUUGUGGUAUUUUGGUCACAAAAAAAUGUGUGAAUGAAUUGAAUGC